AUGAAACGUCAUGUAUCUGCAUUCACGAAUGUGGCCUCCUCCUCCUCCUUCUCCUCCUCGCCCCCUGCUCCAAAGGCGGCCGCUCAGGCGACUGUCCCGCGCACAACAACCGACACUACCACCACCACCUCGAACGACUCCAGCGAUGAGGAUCAGGACUACACCUGCCCUCACUGCGACCGUACCUUCACGUCACACAUCGGCCUGGUCGGUCACUUGCGAAUCCAUCGCACAGAGACUGGCGAACCAGUGCGUGAAGCACCAACCUACACCCACCGCACUCGCCUCCACUGCCCACACUGCCCUCGCACCUUCAGGCAUCGCAUGGGCCUUUUCGGCCACAUGCGCAUCCACGACGACCUGCGGUAG